CAGGGGCAAGAUGGCUGCCGAGAAGCAGGUCCCUGGCGGCGGCAGCGGUGGCGGCGGCGGUAGCAGCGGUGGACGCGGUGCUGGGGGAGAGGAAAAUAAAGAAAACGAACGGCCUUCCGCCGGAUCGAAGGCAAACAAAGAGUUUGGGGAUAGCCUGAGUUUGGAGAUUCUUCAGAUUAUUAAGGAAUCCCAGCAGCAGCAUGGUUUACGGCAUGGAGAUUUUCAGAGGUACAGGGGCUACUGUUCCCGUAGACAAAGACGUCUCCGAAAAACACUCAACUUCAAAAUGGGGAAUAGACACAAAUUCACUGGGAAAAAAGUUACUGAAGAUCUUCUGACCGAUAACAGAUACUUGCUUUUGGUUCUGAUGGAUGCUGAAAGAGCCUGGAGCUAUGCCAUGCAGCUCAAGCAGGAAGCCAACACUGAACCCCGAAAACGGUUUCAUUUGUUGUCUCGCCUAUGCAAAGCCGUGAAGCACGCAGAGGAACUGGAACGUUUGUGUGAGAGCAAUCGGGUGGAUGCCAAGACCAAGUUAGAGGCUCAGGCAUACACGGCUUACCUCUCAGGAAUGUUGCGUUUUGAACAUCAGGAAUGGAAAGCUGCCAUUGAGGCUUUUAACAAAUGCAAAACCAUCUAUGAGAAGCUAGCCAGUGCUUUCACAGAAGAGCAGGCUGUGCUGUACAACCAGCGUGUGGAGGAGAUCUCACCCAACAUCCGCUACUGUGCAUAUAACAUUGGGGACCAGUCAGCUAUCAAUGAACUUAUGCAGAUGAGAUUGAGAUCUGGGGGUACUGAAGGUCUUCUGGCUGAAAAACUGGAGUCGUUGAUCACUCAGACUCGAGCCAAACAGGCAGCUACCAUGAGCGAAGUGGAGUGGAGAGGGAGAACGGUUCCAGUGAAGGUUGACAAAGUGAGGAUCUUUUUAUUGGGAUUGGCUGAUAAUGAAGCGGCCAUUGCCCAGGCUGAAACUGAAGAAACCAAGGAGCGUCUGUUUGAAUCCAUGCUCAGUGAGUGUCGGGACGCCAUCCAGGCCGUUCGGGAAGAGCUCAAGCCAGACCAGAAACAGAGAGAUUACACGCUUGAAGGGGAGUCGGGAAAGGUAUCAAAUCUUCAGUACCUCCACAGCUACCUGACUUACAUCAAGCUGUCAACAGCGAUAAAGCGUAACGAGAACAUGGCCAAAGGUCUGCAGAAGGCCCUGCUGCAGCAGCAGCCAGAAGAUGACAGCAAGCGCUCCCCCCGGCCCCAGGACCUGAUCCGCCUCUAUGACAUCAUUCUACAGAAUCUGGUGGAAUUGCUCCAGCUUCCUGGCUUAGAGGAGGACAAAGCUUUCCAUAAAGAGAUCAGCCUCAAGACCCUGGUGUACAAAGCUUACAGGUGUUUUUUCAUUGCCCAGUCUUACGUCUUGGUGAAGAAGUGGAGUGAAGCCCUUGUCCUGUAUGAUAGAGUCCUGAAAUACGCAAACGAGGUCAGCUCUGACUCUGGAGCCUUCAAGAACAGCCUCAAGGACUUGCCUGAUGUGCAGGAGCUCAUUACUCAAGUGAGGUCGGAAAAGUGCUCUCUGCAGGCGGCGGCCAUUCUGGAUACAAGCGACUGCCAUCAAACAGAGACUUCCUCCCAAGUCAAGGACAAUAAGCCUCUGGUGGAACGGUUUGAGACAUUCUGCCUGGAUUCUUCUCUCGUCACCAAGCAAGCCAGCCUUGUGCACUUCCCGCCUGGAUUCCAGCCCAUCCCAUGCAAGCCUUUGUUCUUUGACCUGGCCCUCAACCACGUGGCUUUCCCACCACUCGAGGACAAGUUGGAGCAGAAGACCAAGAGUGGCCUCACUGGAUACAUCAAGGGCAUCUUUGGCUUCAGGAGCUAACCAGGCUCUUCCUUGGGGGCCAGGGGAGAUCCUGACUCUUUCUCUGUGUUGUGAGAAAGUCCCAGCAAGCUCCAUGCCAUUAAAUCCAGGUCUGCAUUGGCCCAGGGCGGGAGUUUAACAUCCUCCGCCCUGCGCUCCUACAUCUUGUAUUUGUGUGCACUUACAUUCGUAGCCCAUGUGUUAGGAGGGCACCAUGUCCUCUUUGGUCGACCUGUGCAGGUGUGCUUUGUCUCCCUUGCCUCCUGGGGUCCCGUGUGGGCUGUGAUUCCCGUCGGUCCGUAAUGCAUUCAGGGGACACCCACACCAGCCACGGAUGGGGCCUGGAACACCUUGUUGUGUUUCUUCAGUACCAUGCAUUUGAAAUGAGCUCAUCCUUGCUGUGGGGCAGCUGCUGAGCAUCCAGAAUCCUUUGAAAAGUGUGUCCAUAACUAUGAAACAUUGGCAGCCUCGCUCCAGAAAUACCCCUCAGUCCUUUUCCCUUUGACUUUCAAAUGACAGUUAAGAAGUUUCGGAACAAGAAAAGAGCUCUAUUUUUAGAAGAAAUAUGUUGCACUCAGAAAUGAUUAAACCAAAUCUUAUAUUAAAAAGCAAAGAUGAUGGAGACUCUGCCCCUUUUUUACAUGACCUCACUUGACCCCAGUCCCAGCCCUAGGCCUCUUCUGGGCACCCGUCGUGUGACCCGGUGGUGUCAACAGGGCCGGACUUUCAGGCAGUUCCGUUAUUGCUGAUACCAGAUAAGGAUGUGUCAGAGGCAGUUUUUAAGAGUUCCCAAUCUGUAAUUUUUAGAUACCAUUAUAUUUAAAUCAAUUUCCUUCCUUACCUUUUUAUUUUUUUUCCUUGGUCAUCCCUUUUCCUUUCUGUUAUACCAUCAGUAAUAGAAGUCACAAAAGCAAUGUAAGAGAGCAAGGAAUAAAAGUGAUUUAAACUUGA